ACUACUCCGGCAGUCGAUGAACGGCCUUUGGCUGGAGUGAGUGUUAUUUUAUUUCGGGUUUGUUUGUCGUCGUUAUCGAAUCGUCACGCGUGCUUAACGGACCGGAAUACGUUAUGGGAUCCUGAUAGUACAUGUGAAUACUCUCGUCCGAAGACAGCAAGUGGUUCUUAACCGCAAGAAGAGACUUCUGUGAGACGACGCCGUCAUGGAUGGAAAGGUGUACAACGAGAAAGUAAAGAAUCCCAGAGCGGGCGCCAACAUCUUCAGUAUCUUGACGUUCUCUUGGAUCCUACGCAUUUUCUGGGUGGGUUAUCGCCGAGAUCUUGAAGUAACUGAUUUGUACACACCGCUUAAAGAGCAUACAAGUGGUAUUCUUGGUGUUAAAAUAGCGAAGGCCUGGGAAGAAGAAUGCGAGGCGUACCAGCGUCGGCUGGAGCAGGUCGCGAAGAGCGGGUCGCAGAAGAAGGUCAAGGAGCCCAGCUUGAUGAGAGUCCUCAUCAGGUGUUUUGGUUUGACGACUCUACUGUAUGGCCUUUUUAUGGCCGUUAUGGAGAUCUUGCUCAGAGUGAUGCAACCGUUGUUGGUGGGCCAAAUGUUACUCUACUUUAACACCAUGGACGUCGACAAGUCCUAUGCGUAUGGAUGCGCCGUCGGUGUCAUUUUAUGCUCUGCUCUCAAUGUGUUUGUCAUACAUCCGUACAUGAUGGGUAUCUUACAUAUGGGCAUGAAGGUCCGCGUGGCCUGCUGCUCGCUAAUUUAUCGCAAGACAUUGAAAAUGACUCGAACCGCACUGGGUGAGACAACAAUCGGCCAGGCAGUAAAUUUGUUGUCCAAUGACGUCAAUAGAUUUGACGUCAGUAUUAUAUUUCUCCAUUAUUUGUGGCUCGGGCCCUUGGAAACCAUCAUCAUCACGUACGUUAUGUACCAUGUACUCGACGUGGGAGUGUCGUCUAUUAUCGGUGUUGCUUCUCUGCUGAUGUUCAUCCCUUUACAAGCAUGGUUGGGCAAGAAGUCGUCGGAGCUGAGAUUAAGAACCGCCAUUAGGACUGACGAGAGGGUGCGAUUAACAAAUGAAAUUAUCAGCGGAAUCCAAGCAAUCAAGAUGUACACUUGGGAGAAUCCAUUCAGCGCGCUUAUAGAAAAAGCAAGGAAAAAGGAAGUUAAUGUCAUCCGAUGGACAUCGUAUAUCAGGGGUGUUACUUUAUCGUUUAUCAUCUUUUCAACGAGGAUGUCAUUGUUCAUUACGGUGCUGGCUUAUGUACUGUUCGGCUACAAAAUAACUGCCGAAAAGGUGUUCGUGAUAACCGCCUAUUACAAUAGCUUACGCACAACUAUGACUGUUUUCUUCCCGCAAGGGAUAACACAAGUAGCGGAAGCGAUGGUAUCCAUAAGACGUCUGCAGAAGUUCUUAAUGUAUGAAGAACUAACACCGUCUGAGAUUAAAACAAAGAAGAACAACACGGAGAAUAACGAAAAAGAUGUAAAAGAGAAUAACGAAAAAGAUGUAAAAGAGAGUAACGAAAAAGAUGUAAAAGAGAAUAACGAAAAAGAUGUAAAAGAGAAUAACAAAACUGCGAUGGAGAAUAAUAGAAAAGAUGUAAAAGAGAAUAACAAAAGUACGAUGGAGAAUAACCAAAACAACGCGAAGGAGAAUCUGAUUGAGCAGAAGGAGAACGACGACACGAUCGUAUGCCAGCCGAGCUAUGACGAGCACAGCAUCUGCAUCGAGAACGGCACCACUAAGUGGCUGGAUUAUGAACGAGAAGACACCUUACAGGGUAUCAACAUUAAGGUACGUCCCGGCGAACUGAUUGCUGUCGUCGGCCAGGUCGGCGCGGGCAAGAGCAGUUUAUUGAACGUCAUCCUGAAAGAACUGCGUUUACAAGAAGGUUCCAUUCAAGUUAAUGGAAAGAUUGCCUAUGCCAGUCAAGAACCGUGGCUUUUUGCAGGUUCAGUAAGACAAAAUAUUCUAUUCGGAAGAAAGAUGGAUCAGGUUCGAUAUGAUCGCGUGACUAAAGUGUGUCAGUUAAAGAGGGAUUUCAGCCUGCUGCCGUAUGGUGAUAAAACGAUUGUAGGCGAGAGGGGUAUCAGUCUUUCCGGUGGUCAGCGUGCAAGAAUAAAUUUAGCGAGAGCCGUUUACGCUGAUGCCGACAUAUAUCUUAUGGAUGAUCCUUUGAGCGCCGUGGAUGCCCAUGUAGGCAAACACAUGUUUGAUGAAUGCGUCGAUAAAUACUUACGAGGCAAGACUCGGAUUCUCGUCACUCAUCAAUUGCAAUAUCUUCGCGACGUCGGUAGAAUUAUCGUUCUAAAGGACGGAAUUAUUCAGGCUGAAGGCACUUAUGAUGAGCUGGGAUCUAUGGGAGUGGACUUCGGUCGAUUGUUGGAAAAUCAAACAAAAACGGAUGAGAAAUCUUCUCAUCCCCCUUCGGCUCCCGUUAGUCGUAGUAAUUCGCGCGCUGCUAGCAUCUCGUCAUUAAGUUCUUUUAUGACGAAUGAUACUUCGAAACAGGAACCUGACGAAGUGGCUGAAAUGCGAACUGUAGGCACUGUUUCUGGCGAAGUAUAUACGAGUUACUUACGCGCUGGCGGGAAUUGGUGCAUUAUAUCCAUAGUGACUAUGCUUUGUAUAUUGACACAAUUAGCGGCUAGCGGCGGUGACUUUUUUCUCGCGCAAUGGGUUAAUAUAGAGGAACAUUAUAUGAAUCAAACGGAUGACAGUGUUGUGGAAGAUCCGAGAAGUCCCCUCAGUCGCAUGCAGUGUAUCUACAUUUUCAGCGGCCUAACUGUGCUCACAAUCUGUAUUACUCUGAUUCGCUCAUGGGCUUUCUUCUGGACGUGUAUGCGGGCCUCAAUGCGUUUGCACGAUCGUAUGUUCCGCAGCAUCAGUCGCGCCACUAUGCGAUUCUUCAACACCAAUACAUCGGGACGUGUGCUCAAUCGUUUCUCGAAGGAUGUAGGAGCUGUUGACGAAAUGCUUCCAACUGCGCUUAUCGAUUGUCUUCAGAUCGGAUUAGCGCUGUUGGGCAUCAUCGUCGUGGUAGCUAUCGCGAACACGUGGCUGUUGAUACCCACAGCGUUAGUCGGCAUUGUCUUUUAUUACUUGAGAAUCUUCUACUUGGCUACCAGUCGCAGUGUGAAGCGUCUUGAAGGCAUUACCCGCUCGCCGGUUUUCGCUCAUCUGAGCGCAACUCUUCAAGGAUUACCGACGAUCCGCGCGUUUGGAGCGGAAGCUAUCCUCACGAAGGAGUUUGAUAAUCACCAGGAUCUCCAUUCGUCCGCGUGGUAUAUUUUCAUCGCGUCUUCGCGUGCUUUCGGUUUCUGGCUGGAUGUUUUCUGCGUGCUGUAUAUUAUGUUAGUCACACUGAGCUUUCUCGUGUUAGACAAUUACAGUCGAGGUUCAAUGGACGGCGGAUUCGUAGGCCUGGCGAUUACACAAAGUAUCGGUCUCACCGGUAUGUUCCAAUGGGGCAUGCGCCAGAGUGCCGAGUUGGAAAAUCAGAUGACUUCGGUAGAGCGCAUCCUUGAAUAUAGCAAAGUGGACAGUGAGCCUCCUCUCGAGAGUGCCCCUGAUAAAAAGCCUAAAUCCGAGUGGCCGCAAAAAGGCAAGAUCGAGUUCAAGAACGUAUUCCUCCGCUAUGCGCCGCUGGAGCCGCCAGUGCUCAGAAACCUCUGCUUUGUCGUUCUUCCUCGGGAGAAAAUUGGUAUCGUCGGUAGGACCGGCGCAGGCAAGUCAUCCCUGAUCCAGGCACUUUUCCGCCUGGCUGACGUGGAUGGUUUAAUUGAGAUCGACGCAAUCGACACGAGUCAGAUCGGCUUACAUGAUCUCCGUUGCAAGAUCAGCAUUAUCCCGCAGGAACCAUUCCUAUUCUCCGGCAGUCUGAGACGGAACCUCGAUCCGUUUGAUUUGUAUCCAGACGAACCUUUGUGGCAAGCCCUUGAGGAGGUCGAGUUGAAGGAAAUAGGCUUGGAGGCCCAUAUCAAUGAGGGCGGCUCCAAUCUCAGCGUUGGCCAGCGGCAGUUGGUCUGCCUGGCACGCGCUAUUGUGAGAAAUAAUCCAAUACUCGUAUUGGACGAAGCGACUGCAAAUGUGGAUCCGCGUACAGACGAACUCAUUCAAAUAACUAUCAGGAAGAAAUUCGAGAAAUGUACGGUACUAACGAUUGCCCACCGACUCAACACCGUUAUGGACAGCGAUCGCAUACUAGUGAUGGACGCUGGCAACGCUGUGGAAUUCGAUCAUCCCCAUGUGCUGCUGCAGAAGGAGUCGGGCUACCUGAAGAGCAUGGUACGGGAAACCGGCACGGCAAUGGCGGAGGCUCUGGCCGGUGUCGCCCGCAACUGCUAUCAGAGUCGCGGAUUCACGGCGCUUUGAUGCAUUCACGAUGUUAAGUAAUUUCUCGUAAUUGUGUCUGGGCCUUCUACAGUAAGCCAUUAAUCAAAAAUCAGAAGAAUGACGACUGUGAUUGGUCAAUUUUUAGCUUCUGACUUCUAAUUCAUGACUUAUU